AUGGAAGAACACUGGAAACUACUUGGAUACAAUAACGCUUUACUUUUAUCCACAUAUGCAAAUAAGAAAAAAGGAAAUACCAACAGAAGAAUUGAAUUUUCGCGAUGUUCAGAUAAAGGAAUUUUCAGUUAUAGAAGCGUUCAUAUACUUUUUCACUUACCGUACCAAAUGUUAUAUCAAUCUCAUGAAACUUGGCAUAGAUCUUAUGAAAAAAUUAUUCGUCAACCUCUUGAUCAACGAACACAUAAUGGUCACGACUCUAAAUUAAAGUCGGAUGCAUUGAAUCUACUUCUUGACUUGAAAGAAGAAUCCGUAUUGAAUAAAAAAGACAAUGGUGGUGACAAUUAUCGCAUGGGUGAAGAAGAUAUUCGGGACUCAUUACAAAUAUUAUGGCAUUUAAUUAAUGUUUCGUUUAAUUGA